UGCUAAGAUAUGAACAUGAAGUGCAGUAACGACAUGUCUCAGCCAGCUGCUCCUCGUGUCGACGGACCUCCUCCAUCUCCACUGGCGAAGGAGAAUUCUGGAGACCCUCCAAAAGUUCAACGAGAGAAGCUGUUUGACUGUGAGGGAGUGCAGAUGUUGGGGUCAGUGGUUCAAAAUAUGCGCGAGCUUCAGGAGUUCGAGGCCAGGCCGGACGACGUGCUGAUCGCCUCCUACCCCAAAGCAGGUACCACGUGGAUGAUUGAAAUCGCGGACUGCGUUCGCCGUGGGGGGGUCACCGAGGAGCUGCUAAGCCUCCCGUCUCACAAGCGGGCGCCGUUCCUGGAGACCUUUGAUGAAUUUUCAUCAGGAAUACGGGACCUCAACUCCAUGGCGUCACCCCGGUUGGUUAAAACUCAUCUCCCCAUACAGUUUAUACCACAGAGCUUCUGGGACAACAGGUGCAAGGUCAUCUAUGUGGCCCGAAAUGCCAAAGAUGUCCUCGUCUCUUAUUACUUCUUCCACCAGAUGAGUCUGGAUAUGCCAGAGCCGGGACGCUGGGAGGAGUUUUUUGACAGCUUUCUCUCUGGGAGGCUGGCAUGGGGCUCCUGGUUUGACCAUGUGCUCGGCUGGUGGGACAACAGGGAGAAGCACCAGGUCCUCUAUGUCUUCUAUGAAGACAUUAAGCAGGACCCGCUGCGUGAGGUCGAAAGGGUGGCGCGCUACCUGGACAAGCCGAUGGACAGCUCUGUGAUGGCUGACAUUGUGGCCCACACCUCCUUUAACAAAAUGAAGGACAACCCCAUGACCAAUUACAAAGACGUGCCUUCAUUUCUCUUUAAUCAUGAGAUUUCUCAAUUCAUGAGGACAGGAAGAACAGGAGACUGGAAAAACCACUUCACUGUGGCUGAGAAUGAGAGGUUUGAUGAGGAGUACCAGAGGCACAUGGCCAAGACGUCGUUACGCUUCAGGACUCAGCUCUGAGCAGCCAGGUCACAUCUGACAGAACGUGUGAAGACCACAUCAACCACGCCAGGCCAAAAAGACUGGAACACCGGAUAGAGGAUGACCAGCAAUGAAUCAAUAAAAAGUUUAACAAAGUGAA